GCCAUCAUCGGCCCCAAUGGCUCCGGAAAGUCCAAUCUCAUGGACGCCAUCAGCUUUGUGCUGGGGGAGAAGACGAGUAACCUGAGAGUGAAGACCCUGCGGGAUCUGAUCCACGGAGCGCCGGUGGGGAAGCCCGCCGCCAACCGCGCCUUUGUCAGCAUGGUGUAUGAGGAGGACAGCGGGGGGGAGAAGGUCUUUCUCCAGACAUAUCAUCGGCGGAUCUUUGAGUACAGAAUCAACAGCAAGGUGGUGCAGCUGGCGGAGUACAGCGACCAGCAGUUGGGAGAAGUUGGGGGAUUCCUGUAUUAAGGCCCGAACUUGGUUUUGGUGUUCCAGGGGGCGGUAGAAUCGAUCGCCAUGAAGAAUCCGAAGGAGCGGACGGCGUUGUUCGAGGAGAUCAGCAGGUCGGGGGAGUUGGCGUCGGACUACGACAAGUGUAAGAAGGAGAUGGUGAAGGCGGAGGAGGAC